CGGACAGCAAAGGAAGGUGCACGAGAGCAAUUAUUGUGGGACGCGAUCUUUCUCGUUCCCCCAGGGCCCUGGGAAAAUUUCGAAGGCAGCUGGGUUAAGGUGGUAGCCGCGAUGUUUGGGGCCUCGGCGGAGAAUCUCCUCAGACAGGCCAGGGAAGUACAAGAUGAAGACCUACAGAAGUUCUGCUCCCGGAUCGCCGCUCUCUUACAGAAUAAGGAAUAUAAUAAGGAAGCAGUCGAUUCCCUGCAGAAACUCUUCCUGAUUGUCUCAGCAACAAAAUACAGCAGAACUCUUUCCAGGGAUGUCCUACAUAAACUCCACAGUACCUUGUGCUUCCUGAAGGCACCACAGCCAGUACUUGUUCUGUGCUCAGCCAUUCUGCGAGAGGUGCUGCCAUGCAGUGCUUUGACCUUAUCUUGUGAUGAGGUGAAUGAUAUGAAAACAAUGAGCCUUUUGUCGAGUAUAAUACUGGCCCAGGGGAGUAAAAACGAUGAAGUUGAAGCUGUGUGUAGUCGUGUUGUGAAACUGCUAGAAACCCGCCAAGCUGAGGGUCAAAGUUCACGGUUUCUUGUGCCUAUUUUAUCCAAAGUCCUUGACUUUGCACCUGCAACUCUCACUGAAGAGCAGGUGAAUGCUGUUAGUAAGAAGCUUGUUGAUUGGCUGCGAUAUGCAAGUACACUGCAGGGCGUCUCCCUUUCCUCCGGAGGCUUCUUUAGUCCAAGAUCACGACAGCCUGCUUCCAUUUUAGAGGUGGAUGGAGCAGUAGCAGGUGAUUUCUUCACCGUACUUUCCAUUGGCCAAUAUUACACUGAGGACCAAUGGCUCAACAUGCACUCUUUCUCCAUGAUCAGAAAGUGGCUGCAGUGUUUCGGGGCAAGUGGAGUCAACAGCAAUGAUGCAGAUGAAAAGUCAGAGUUAGACAGCUCUGUAAUGUCAAUGGUUUCUGCUUCCUCGACAUCAAGUCGUCUAAUGCCUCCUAAAGAGCGUCUACGGGAGAAGACGUUUGAGUAUUGCAAUCGGUUAAUUGAACAGAGUGAUAGAAACGCUCUAAAGAAAUCUGACUCAGAACUCCAGAAAGCUUGUCUUGUUGAAGCAGUGACUUUGUUGGACCUGAUCUGUCGACAGGAUCCACAGUUUGUGUAUCGAGCCUUUCCAGUAGUGAAAGCAUUGUAUGGGAGGAUCAGUUCAGACUCUGUUUUUGCCAGAGUGUUGCUUCCAGUUACUCAAUUCUAUCUAAAUCACAGUGAGCUGGCAGCCGUGGAUUCUGAAGCUGUUUACCGACACUUAUUCACCAAGAUCCCUUCUGAACGCUACCAUGACACAAUGGUGGCCUUUGAGUUUUUCCAGUUCUGCAGGCGGAAUAGGAAAACGCUGAGUGAAAAUGUUGGUAUUUUUCACAAGAGCUUCCCAAAUCUGCUGAAGUUCUUAGCUUGGAACACACCAUCCUUGUUCCCUGAGUUCAUUGAAUUGCUGCCUGAUCUGAUUCGUCCAGACACGUCGAUUGAGAUGCUCCAUUCAUUGCUUGACCUCCCCUGCCUGACUGCAGCACUUGAAGCCCAGCUCAGGUCACUGACCCUCCUAGCAAGCGAUAAGGUGAUUACAGAUCAGAGCAGAAAGACCCUGAACUCUGCAGAAGCACUCCAGGACCAGUACUACCAGAGCAUGUUUUUUUAUAUCCUCCGGGUAGAGGCGGGAGCAGGGGACACUAUUGACAGAUUAAACCUGCUUCAUGAAGUGCUUUUGGACAUGGCUCAGCAGCCCAGAGUUGUACAGUGUGCUCAGACUGUCCCCAUUCUGUUGCAGGUUUUCUUCAAUGUUGUCACCCAGUUUGCAGAUGGCCCACUGAUUAAUCAGCUGGUUCUGGUUAUCCUGGAGCGUUGCAGUCUCCUGUAUAACAUCCCUGACUUCAAGACUGAAGUUCAACGGGUAUUCAGUUCCCAGUUGAUGGUGUUAUGUAAACUGUACCCACCUCUUAUAGUAGAACAGUCCAAAGAGCUGCUGGAAUUCUGUGGAGUAGUCAGCAACAUCAUCAAUAAGGAGAACUUCUUCACUCAUGUGGUUUGGGCAGUCGGGGAGUACAUGUCCUUGUCAUAUGAUAAACGCUGCACAGUUGAACAAAUCACCAAGUUCUUUGAAACUCUCGAAGCGUUGCUUUUUGAGAUCACACAGCUCCGAGCCUCCGCCUGUGUCCCUAAGUACUCACCACGGGUUAUCACUGUUCUCAUGACCACACUGGCAAAAUUAGCAUCUCGGAGCCAGGAUCUGAUUCCAAGGGUCUCUCUGUUCUUGACCAAGAUGAGGCCAUUUGUUCGGAGCGCUUUGAUUUCCUCCCUGUACAGUGAGGACGAUAUUCAGGAAAUCCUGGCCCGUGCCAAUGAGCUCAACAAUCUGCUGAAAGCUCCAAAUGUAGCUCAGCUCAUACUGGGACCCUCUGCAGACAUUGCCAACCCAAGGUGGUACAAAGAUACCAAUGCUUCACUACCACUCACUCUGAGGACUGUCAGCAGAGUGCUGCAGAGAGAGCCAGCACCUGGAUUCUCUGCCUAGAAUCUUCUUUGGUCAUAAAGACAUGUAUAUGUGUGAGAGUGUUUCGAAAAGUCUUUACUGGUGUUCAGUGUCGACGAGCUCAUUACCAAUUAGACCUUUGUAACACCUGACUAAGGAAAACCAUCGUUGUCGGCUCAUCAAGUUAAGUAGUAUUUUUAGGCAUGACGACUAUAAAAUGCCUUCUCUCCCUGCACUCCCUGCCCUAAACCCUGUAACCAGAAACACCCAUUAUAAAAUUCUUCCAGUGCUAUUUAUGCAGUUGUACACGAAGAAAAUAUUAAAUUCAGAAUUUUGUCCUGACUUUCUCAAUGCAGAGAAAAUAACUAUUAACAGUGUAUUCAGGCCACAAGAUUUUUUCCCCUAAUCUUAGAACUUUGUUGCAACAAAGUGUGCUUAUUUCUAAACUUAUUGAAUUCAUAAAACAUUACAACAAUCUCAGAAACAGAAUUCCUGUUGUAUUCCCUAAAGAAGAAAGUAAAUGUAUAGGUGGUGUUGUUUCUAGAAGCUUGUCACUUGGGGUGUCUGAUCUUGUUUAAUGGCUUCCAUUGGUCCCAAAAAUUGUCCCCUGCUUUCCUGAGGACAGCCCUGAAUGCUGGAGAGUUGUGAAGGUGAAGGGCAGUUGUUCGGAUAUUUAGCAGGUUACUGUUCUGUUGAUCUUUUAGUUUGGUCUGGUUCACAAUUUUUCUUAUUCUAAUCAUAAUAAGAUGUUCUGAAUUUUAAAAAAAACAAAUCAUAAAUGGAGAUCUAAGUUUCCCAACUGUUGCUUUAUAUAUUCACAGGGGCUUCUUCUUUGAUUAAAUACUAGAGAGCAGAUAAACUAAUUACACAUAUCCCUCAUUUCAAAAUCAUAUUUCAAGGCAGCAGUGGAAACUGCUUGUAUCUGAAACCUUGUUUACUCACUCUCAACAAACCCGCAUGUGAUUGCACAUGUAGAGGAACUGCAUCAAAACCAACUUGAAUUGAGAACUAAACUCAUGUUUUUGUGCCUGAGCAGUUCAUUUACUAAUGCAGUCUGAGUCUCUACAAUAACAUUGACUGGUCUGGAGUGCAGGUAAUUGAUUUAUGUUGGGACCUUUAUAAUUUAACACAUGGGAAUUUGAAUUAAACUGGUAAUGGUGAAAACUCAGGAAAAAUGGGAAGAUCAUUGACUCUUUAUUGAUGCCAAUAUUCUUGGUGGCAUUAUGGUGUCAUGUGCCCCAGUUAAGGUGCAUUCACUCUCUGCAAUUAGACCCAUCUGGUCAUUAAAUAAAUGGUGUUUGUGUUGCUUCUGUAAGUGAAUGCUGUGAAUGCAAGGUAACAAUUUUCAAUUUCAUUGUUUUGUGCAAUAAUAAGUUGCUAAUUUGCACUUAAUUCUUGUGUCUUUAGCUCCUGGUUCUAAGUAUAAAGGCAGAAUUGGUUAAUCCUGAAGAAUGGUUGUAUUAAGGUUCCCACCAAUACAUUUGAAAUGGUUACGGAACUGUCUGUACAAUUUUCUUCAUAAUGGCAUCUCUCAGGAGAUGAUGGACUGCCCCCAGGUUGUAUGUCAUUUCUGGAUUGACUAUCAUCUGUUGUGGUUGCAGAGGCCAAUUAGUGAGUGGCAGCCCUUUCUGCAACUGGCACAGAUGAAUAGGGAUGCCCUGAGGUCGACUGAUGUUUUUUCUUUCCAAUGGGCUCUCUUUUCUGCCAUCUGGUCUCUUCUCCCCCGCUUUUUCCAUGCCGUGCCUGACUGUUUGCCUCCAGGCACUCCAGUCGGCAGUAAGGACUUCCCAUGCAUCGACUCUGCUCCCGAGAAGUGCCACUUGCAGACAUCGGCAACCUGUUGGUCUCGUGCAGAUAGCAAGCUUGCCAUACAGUAUGUCUUUAGGAAUGCAGCUGUCAUCCAUUUGGCUCACAUGCCCCAGCCAACAGAGUUGCUGCUGACUCGAGAGGGCAAACAUGCUGGGGAUCCCUGCACACUAGUGUUACUUCCAUGUUCGGCACUCUGUCUUGCCAGGAAACACCCAAUAUUCAUCUGAGGCAGUAGAGGUAACAGCUGUUCGGCUGAUUUUCUUGGUUUGCAUAAGUUAUCCAUGCCACAUUACUGUAAAAGUGGGUGCUGAGAACGCAAGCCUGGUACAAAUGGAACUUUUGUAUUUUUGGUUAGUUUGCUAUUGGUCUACACUCAACUUUUCAACUUGACAUGACAGCUGCGGCCUUAGGAAUCCUGGUGCUGAUUUCGGCAUCAAGGGACAGGUUGCUGGUAAUUGUUGAUCCAAGGUAAAUGAAGCUGUUGACGACCCUUAGAGGGGGGUUGUCAGUGUUAAUGGAAGGUUGAGUCUCUACAUCUUGGCCCAUAACUUUGCUCUUCCUGAUGCUGAUUGUCAAUCCUUGCAGGCUCAGGAGAACCAAUCUACAAUUUGUUGCAAGUGAACUUUAGUAUGUGAUGUCAGUGCAGUGUCAUCAGCAAUUCAUAGACUAGGACAUUACACACUUUGGACUUGGCAUGCAGACUUGCCACACUGAACAGCUUGUCGUCAGUUCUGGCAUUCAGGUGGACAUCCUUAUUUGAGUUGUCGAAAGUGUACAAUAGCAGCAUGAAGAAAAAUAUGCCAAAGAGAGUUGGCAUCUUAAAUGCAAUGUACAGUUGGUUAUGCUGUUCACAGCACUUCUGGAACUGUUGAGGUGAGAAAAUCAUGUCGACUGUUGAGCUGCCAGUACUGAAGCUGCAUUGUGACUCACUGUAGAUGUGCAAUGCCAGGAUCUGUAAUCUAGUUAGAGCAACGCAAGCAAAGGCCUUCCCCACAAUACAGAACAAGGAGUAAUACGGAAUACUGAAAGGCAACGUGGAAAAGUGCUUAACUUUCUGUAAACAUGAUGAACCCAUGGGGUAAAUAUAACACUUCUAAAGAAUAAAUAUGGUUCUUAAUCCAU